GAGGCAGAAGACCCGGCAAGCCUCGGCCUGCGGAGGACGCCAUGCCCCUGCCCAGCCAGGCAAGGAAGACGGGCACGGAGGCCCCUCCAAGCAGAGCCCUGGAUCGCCUCUAAAGGGGAGGCUCCUGGCCAGAUUCCCUGCAGGAAAGGAGAUGGAGAUGAAACGGCUCAGCCUCUCCCUGGUACUGGUCCUCUUCCUCGUCCUGGCCUUGCAAAUCUUGUCGGCCGUCGAUUUUGACCCGUAUCGGAUCCUGGGCGUCAGCAGGACUGCGAGCCAGGUGGAUAUUAAAAAAGCCUACAAGAAACUCGCCCGGGAGUGGCAUCCGGACAAGAAUAAAGACCCAGGAGCGGAAGACAGGUUUAUACAAAUCAGCAAAGCCUACGAGAUCCUGUCCAACGAGGAGAAGCGGUUGAAUUUUGACCGUUACGGCGACGUGGGCGAGAACCAGGGCUUCCCGCACCAGCAGCAGCAGGCACCGCAUCGCCACGCACACCCCUUCCAUGAGAGCUUCUACUUCGACGAGUCCUUCUUCCACUUCCCCUUCAACUCAGAGCGCCACCAGGACUCCAUCGACGAGAAGUACCUGCUGCACUUCUCCCACUACGUCAACGAGGUCGUUCCCGAGAGUUUCCGGAAGCCUUACUUGAUCAAGAUCACCUCCGAUUGGUGCUUCAGCUGCAUCCACAUCGAGCCCGUCUGGAAGGAGGUGGUGCAGGAGCUGGAGGCACUGGGUGUGGGGAUCGGUGUUAUCCACGCGGGCUACGAGCGGCGCCUGGCCCAGCACCUUGGAGCACACAGCACCCCGUCCAUCCUGGGCCUGAUCAACGGGAAGGUCACCUUCUUCCACAACGCCGUCGUCCGGGAGAACCUCCGGCAGUUUGUGGAGAGCCUGCUCCCUGGGGCGCUGGUGGAGAAGAUUACGGACAAGAACUAUGUCCGGUUCCUGUCCAACUGGAAGAAGGAGAACAAGCCUCACGUCCUGCUCUUUGACCACAUGCCCCUGGCGCCCCUCCUCUACAAGCUCACGGCCUUCGCGUACAGAGACUACCUCUCCUUCGGCUACGUGUACGUGGGGCUCCGGGGCACCGAGGAACUUUCCCGGCAGUACAACAUCAAUGUCUACACGCCCACCAUGAUGGUCUUCAAGGAGCAGAUUGAGAAGCCGGCUGAUGUCAUCCAGGCCCGCCACAUGAGGAAGCAGCUGAUCGAUGACUUCCUGUCCCAGAACAAAUUCCUCCUCGCCUCCCGCCUGACCAGCCAGAAGCUCUUCCAGGAAUUGUGUCCCGUGAAGAAAUCUCACCGUCAGCACAAGUACUGUGUGGUCCUGGCCACGGGCGAGGGGGAGAAGUACGCGGAGGGCUACGGGGCCUUUCUGGCCUUCGCUGUGGCUAACACGAAGGAGACCCUGCGGUUCGUCCAUAUCUACGGCGACAACCAGCCGGACUUUGUCCGCACUCUGCUCCAGGGGGACGCUUGGUUUCGGUCCAAGUCGGCUGUGCUGAUCCUCGAGAGACGCACCAACUCCGGGCAGGUGGUAUACAGGGCCCUGGAGGAGCCCUGGACGGGCACCGAGGAGGGCACCUUCACCCUGCUGGACUUCCUGGACCAGCUGAGGAUGGACGCCUCCUUCCUAUCCUCCCAGGCUGUCCUGACGGACCUGACGGACGAGCUGGCGCCUGUUUUCUUCCUCCGGUGGGCCUACUCAGCUGUGGACUACGCCGUGGACAGCUGGGAGAGCCUCUUCCGCAGCAACUGGCGGGAGAUGAUGCCUUUGCUCUCCCUGAUCUUCUCGGCACUUUUCAUCCUCUUUGGGACGGUGAUCGUGCAGGCCUUCAGCGAUUCGAGUGACGAGAGGGAUUUGCCUCCCCCCAAGAAGGAGGACCCUCCCCCCAAGAGCGAGAAGAACGACAUGAGCUUCGCCAAAGAAGACAGGAUUCCCAAGAAGUACUCGGUGAAAGUGACGGAGCUGACGGACAUCACCUACACCAGCAACCUGGUGCGGCUGAGGCCCGGCCACAUCAACGUGGUCCUGAUCCUCUCCAACGCCACCAAGACCCCCCUGCUGCAGAGGUUCGCUCAGGAGGUCUUCACUUUCACCGGGAGCAGCUGCCUCCAUUUCUCCUUCCUGAGCCUGGACAAGCACCGGGAGUGGCUGGAGUACGUGCUGGAGUUUGCGCAGGACGCGGCCCCCAUCCCCAACCAGUACGACAAGCACUUCCUGGAGCGCGACUACGCCGGCUACGUCCUGGCCCUCAACGGCCACAAGAAGUACUUCUGCCUCUUCCGGCCCCCGCAGCCCGAGGAGGGCCCCUGCGAGGACGAGACGGCCGACCCGGCAGAGGCGUGGGGCAGGCCCUCUUCGUCGGGCGGCCUGCGGGGCGUGAAGAGCAAGCUGCAGCGGCUGUCCUUCUGGAUGGAGCGGCUGCUGGAGGGGUCCCUGCAGAGAUUUUACAUCCCCUCCUGGCCCGCCCUAGACUGAACCCCCAUUAAAGUCCUCCCAGAAAGGCUGAGAGGCGGCUGGGUGACUGCAGGCUCGGAAGGAGGGCCCCCUGGAGCCUCUCGGGGGCCCGAUAAGACUGUAGCGUUUAGAUGACCUCUCCUAGGCCCGGUGAGUUAGAAACCGCGUCGUGGCCCUCAGGGCUGGCUGGCUGACCAGGAAGGCGCUGACCGGUCCCCUGGCACCAAAUAGUCCAGACUGUCUCAGGGGAGCCUGGGCGGGGGGGGCCUCCACCUCCUCUUCCUCCCCCCUGCCCGCUUCCCCAGCCUUCGAGGGCUCUGCAGGAGCCGCUGCUGCUGUUAGAACUCUUGGCCUACGGACUUACGGCUGCUGUUCCUUCGAAGAUGGGCUUUGUUCUCUCUCCAGACCCUCCACCUGUGGCUCGUUUCAGGCCUGGCCUCCCCCUGCAUGCACCGGGGCCUGUCCCCCCGCCCCCCCCAGCCGCUGGCUCCCCUUGAUCGGAUGACAGGACAGGCAGUCUAAUGGGGAGGUGGGGAGACCCCCCCCCCACCCUACCCUCCAGUCUGGGGAAGCUGUGCAGAAUGAGCCUGGCCGGGUCCCCAAGCAGAUCCACGAGCCGUUUUCCUCCUUUUGUCUCCUCCGUGGCUGUCCGUGUCAGGAUGUCUAGUCUAGAGCCAUAAUCCAGCUGCUCUGCCCCCCCUGCAAAUCCCUUUGUGCCCCCCCCGCUCCCCACGGGGAAAGCUGACCACGGGGGGCGGGGGAGGGGGGCAGGGAAGGUCUCGAGAGUCCUGGAUCUGGACUGUGGGAAGCAGGGCCGGGGUCCCUCCGUCCGGCCCCAUUUCGGUUGCUUUUGUUUACAAUUUUUGUGCAGCUGCCUCUUUACCUCUUUUUGCCCUCUCGUCUCGGGACAGGGCAGAGCACGUGUCUUUUUUGGGGAGGGGGCUGUUUGUCCUUUGAGUUCAUCUCUGUGUGUCUAGAUAGGCUGCCUGGAUCAUUGGGGGGG